AUGAAGGGGACCAAGAUCAAGGAGCAUGCAGAUGGUUACCACUCAGGGGCUCGAGAGACAGUGUCAAAGGAACUGUCACUGGUCAAAGGAGAAGUUAGGGGAUACCCUAGCCCUAGCCGCUGGAGCAACGCACACUCUGCUGGAGCAACGCAAUCUGAGCAGCGCACAGCUCGAGAGCAACGCACUGUUCGAGAGCAACGCACAGCUCAAGAGCAACACACAGCUCAAGAGCAACGCACAGCUGGAGCAACGCAAUCUGAGAAGCGCAAUCUCAUCAGCGAACUGCUGGACAGCGCACACUCUGUCGGAGCAGCACAAUUGAGAGCAGCGCAAUUGAGAGGAGCGCUCACUCUGCUGGAGCAGCACAAUCGACAUGAGCGCAAUCAAGACGAACGCAAUCGACAGGAGCGCAAUCGACAAAAGUGCAAUCAACAGCAGCUCAAUGGACAGGAGCACAAUCAAGAGGAGUGCAAGCGACAGGAGCGAGCACUGUGCUGCAGCAGCGCAAUCGAGAGGAGCGCAAUCACGAGCAGAGCAGGAGAGAGGAGCACAAUCGAAAGUAGUGCAAGAGAGAGCAGAGACUAUGUGUAUGCAAAGUCUCACGGUACCCUAGCCCUAGGCGCAACGCAAUCUGAGCAGCGCACAGCUCGAGAGCAACGCACUGUUCGAGAGCAACGCACAGCUCAAGAGCAACGCACAGCUGGAGCAACGCAAUCUGAGAAGCGCAAUCUCAGCGAACUGCUGGACAGCGCACACUCUGUCGGAGCAGCACAAUUGAGAGCAGCGCAAUUGAGAGGAGCGCAAUCGAGAGGAGCGCUCACUCUGCUGGAGCAGCACAAUCGACAUGAGCGCAAUCAAGACGAACGCAAUCGACAGGAGUGCAAUCGACAAAAGUGCAAUCAACAGCAGCUCAAUCGACAGGAGCACAAUCAAGAGGAGUGCAACGCAAUCGAGAGGAGCGCAAUCACGAGCAGAGCAGGAGAGAGGAGCACAAUCGACAGAAGCGCAAGAGAGAGCAGAGCAGGAGAGAGCAGCGCAUUCGAAAGUAGCGCAAGAGAGAGCAGAGCGAGAGAGAGGAGCGCAAUUGAGAGGAGUGCAAUCGAGAGGAGAGCAACCGAGAGGAGCGCAAUCGGGAGCAGAGCAGCAGAGAGGAGCGCAAUCAAGAGGAGCGCUCACUCUGCUGCAGCAGCGCAAUCGAGAGGAGCGCAACCAAGAGGACCACAAUCUACAGGAGCUCACUCGAGAGCAGAGCAGGAGAGAGCAGUGCAAUCGACAGGAGAGCAAUCGAGAGACCAGCAGAAGAGAGGAGCGCAAUCGACAGGAGUACAAUCGACAGGAGCUCAUUGCAGAGGAGCGCAAUUGACAGGAGCGCAAACGAGAGCAGAGCAAGAGACAAAAGCGCAAUUGAGAGCAGAGCAGGAGAGAGGAGCGCAAUCGACAGUAGUGCAAGAGAGAGCAGAGCGAGAGAGAGGAGCACAAUUGAGAGGAGCGCAAUCGACAGGAGUGCAUUCGACAGGAGCUCAAUCAAGAGCAGCACAAUCGAGAGGAGCUCAAUCGAGAGCAGAGCAGGAGAGAGGAGCGCAAUCAAGAGGAGCGCUCACUCUGCUGCAGCAGCACAAUCUAGAGGAGCUCGAUCGAGAGCAGCGCACACUUUGCUGGAGCAGCACAAUCAAGAGGAGCGCACUGCUGGACAGCGUAAUUAAGAGGAGCGCACUGCUUGACAGUGCCCACUCUGUCGGAGAGGCACAACUCAGAGCAGCAUCAGAGCAGCGCAAUCGAAAGCAGAGCAAUCGAGAGGAGGGCAAUCGAGUGAAGAGCAGCAGAGAGGAGCGCAAUCGACAGGAGCGCAAUCGAAAGAAGAGCAGAAGAGAGGAGCUCAAUCGACAGGAGACCAAUCGACCGGAGACCCAUCGACAGGAGUGCAAUCGACAGGAGAGCAAUCUACAGGAGCGCAAUCGAGAGCAGAGCAGUAGAGAGGAGCUCUAUCGACAAGAGCGCAAUCGACAGAAGUGCAAUCGAGAGGAGCUCAAUCGAGAGCAGAGCAAGAGAGAGGAGCGCAAUUGA